CUUCCUAACUUUCUUCGUCCGAUUACGCGGUUUUUUAAAAUCUCGUCGCCACUCAGCCUCAGACGAACGUCGCCUCGGUUUCUCUUCUCUCCACCCCCGUUCGGGUAGCCUCAUCGCCCACCGGACGAACACUCCCUUCUGGAAUCACCUCCACUCCCCGGAUCUAUUCAGCCACCAAGAUACCGGCGGCCAGCUCUGCCAUGGCCACCACCACCACCACCACCACCACCGUUACCACGAACGGUCGCUCCAGCCGGUCUGGAAGCUCGAAGAAGAUGGUCGUACUCAAAUUGUCACCCGAUCUGCUAAGUCAGUUUGCGACACCACCCCCCGAGAGUAUGGAGUCGAAGAACAAGAAGCACAUCGACACCCCGGCCGAGUCCCCGGUCAAGAUCAAGGAGCCCUCGUCCCCGGCCUCCUCCUCGGCGGAACUACCGCCCCCGCCCUCCUCCGUGGACAAUGCCUCCGAUGCAGCAUCUACGCCUGCUGCGGGCACCUCCGCUGCCGACACUCCCCGUCGCAAGGGCGUGCCGGGCCCUAAGCCGGGGAGCAAACGGGGCCUAGGCCAAACGGGUGAGACUUACCCGAGGCCGAGAGGCAAGCCCGGACCUAAGAAGAAGCCUAGACUUGACGAUGGAACUGUCGACCAUGCCAAGUUGGCGGCCAAUCAUAAGCUCGGCCCCAAGGCCAACCUUGGCGCCAUCAAUGCCGGUCUACGGGCGCUGGACCGUACCGGUGCUCCAUGUCGGAAAUGGGAGCGCAAGGCCUUGCAGCUGAAAAGCUUCACAGGCAUCCAAUGGGCUCUGCCAACCUGGCGCGCUCCCAAACCCCCCAGGCCCGAGGAGAAUGGCGAGGCCAAAGAGAUGGCACUCGAAACGGGCGACAGUGACAGCAAGGCCAACCAAAGUGCCAGCGGCGUUCCGAGCGAAAAGAGCAACAUGGGUGAUGGAGAUGUCACCCCAUUGCCUUCGAACAUCCCUGACGCCUCCUCGCCGGCUCCUGCCAUUGCUAUGACUGCCUAGUCGCUUUCAUAUCGCAUUCUCACACUUACCUAAUGUUUCUUUUUUCUUGUAUAUUAUUUAUCUUUGUUCCCUUCCCUUUCAUGUUGACUCCCAUAUACCGAUUUAGCCCCCAUCACUUUCGAUGGGUACGUAACCGUUAUUCGGUACUACCUCUUUUUUGUUUUCUGCCUUUGUUGCUGGGUUGGCGUUGGAACGAUCUCGGUCAGGUCACCUCGGUGGACUGCUACACAUGAUGGUUAUUUUUCACUGCCUUGAGUGAUUCUUCUGAUUUAAUGUUUCCUCGGCUUCUUGUUCUUUGUUUGCUCCUUUGUUAUGUAACACUAGAAUUAUCGGGUACGGGAACAAUUCCCCGUGCAGGGCAUGGAUGAGCUAUUUAUUGCAGCAGUUGGAAGCAUGUACAUUUGCACGGUCUAUGGAUACUAGUUCAUCAGCCAGG